AUGAUAGUGGUGAAAGAACGAGAGAUAGAAAUUGGGUAUCCCACGGAUGUGAAGCAUGUCUCUCAUAUCGGGUUGGAUAGUACGUCUCCAUCCGGUUCGAACCCGAGCUGGAUGAAUGAAUUUAGAACAGGCGAUGUGAGUGAAAGAAGAGAUUCCAGUUCAACCGCCAUAACUGCUCUCACUCAUUGGUCCACUCAUUCCCAAGAACUCGAUGUUUCAAUAGGUUACCAAUCGGCAUCCGACAUGUCAAUGGAGCUUCAGCAGCCACAACUUCCAAACAAACCAAAGAAAAAAAGGAAUUGCAAGAACAACAAACUCAAAAGCUUCCUGCAAUAACCCAAUGGAACCGAUCCCAACCUAUCAACUUUAGAACAAAUUAAUGGCUCAGUUUUUCCAGAAUUGGUCAGAACUUUUCAAGGCGUGGAUGUUUCUGUUCGUGGGAGUGAAAAUUUCUAAAUUUCUUAAUUUCUUUUCACCUCUUUAGU